CAAUUACCUUCCCACUGCGUGCGCGAGGUCGGAGAAGUCUUAUAAGUGGGCCAGCCAAAUACAAUGCAAAUCGGGUACGGCUUUAUUCGGAAUCUUAAUCUUUGACAGAGUGGUCAUGCGCAAGUCGAUUAAAUACAUUUUGCUAGGGAUUUUGGCGCUUAGCGGGUUCUGCUGCAGCUCUCCGCUCAAACAGCAUUUUCCCGAUUAUAAUUACCAAAGUCCUUAUUGGCCCCAGUUCUAUCCUGACUAUUACAACAGAGGUUAUGCGCAGCCACAGCCAGAACGGCCUGCAAAAUCUGCGCGGUCAUACAAGGACAUCUGCAGGUUGGUCAACACCAAUGGAUUUACAAACCCUGGAGGAGUGCCUAGGUGCCCUUACUAGCCUGCUGAACACUUUUAUCUACAACACAAAUAUUUCAAAUAUAUCUAAAUUGCAUUUUCCUUAAUAUACUAGACUGUAUUUUAAACUAUCGAAACCACGUUUACAACUUAGGCAAAUCACGAAAUAAUACAGGAAAUAAAUAUAGGAGCUGUGCUUAGAAGCUA